CUCUCUCUCUCUGUCGCGAGUCCCGCUCUCUGUCUCACUUCUUUGCUGAGGUCAUUCUCUCCGGCGCCUCUCAACUGCAAUCGUCUCUGCCAUUCUCUCCGUCAUCCGGCGCCUCUCGACUGCUCAUUCCCUCCGGCGCCGACAAGUGCUGCUCCUUCACCGACUCAAGCUUCUCGUUCGAGAUCCAUUGACGUUGGUGCUUUCAAAAUUUUGCUCAUCUCCAAAAUCUGGUACCAUGGAAGGGGGAUCAUCAAAUAGUGUGUCUAUUGAGCAGGUAGAACCAACUGAACAAUUCUUGGAUGAUAAUGAUCUUGAACCAGUCGAACAAUUCUUGGAUGAUGAUGAUCUUGACAUAUUAAUAGCAUGGUUGUGCAUUGUUAUGGUGGACAUGUCCAUGCAUACGGAAGAACCUAAACUAUCAGGACCCGAAUGGAUAAGAGAGAUUGUUUAUGGACAUUCAGAUAGAAUAUAUGAAGCAUUCAGGAUGGAGAGACAUGUUUUUUUAAACCUAUGUGAUUUAAUGAGGACAAGAGGUUGGUUGAAAGAUAAUCAGUAUAUUAGAAUAGAUGAACAAGUUGGAAUCUUUUUAUCUUUGGUUAGUCACAAUAACUCCAAUAGAGAUUUAUGCGAGAGAUUCCAACGUUCGGGAAAAAUGAUCAGCAAGUAUUUCAAUAUAGUAUUGAAAGCAAUUCUCAAACUCUCCAAAGAGAUUAUCAGACCACCGUCCUUUGAUGUCGUCCCACAGGAAAUUCUUAUGGAUCCUAGUCAUAAAAAUUACUUUAAGGACUGCGUAGGUGCUAUGGGUGGCACCCAUAUAAAAGUUAUCGUCCCCGAGUCUCAGCAGAUCCGAUUUAGAAACAGGAAAGGGAUUACCACCCAAAAUGUGCUAUGUGUUUGUUCGUUUGAUAUGAAAUUUACUUUUGUGUAUGCUGGGUGGGAAGGAUCUGCCAACGAUUGUCGAGUGCUUUCAGCAGCACUCGAGACUCCUCGAUUGCAAUUUCCUCGACCACCAAUCGGGAAAUAUUAUGUGGUAGAUUCUGGUUAUACAGCACUUCCAGGAUUUUUAACUCCCUUUAAAGAUGAACGGUAUCAUCUGAACGAUUACAAAGGGAAUGGAAGACAGCCAAGAACAGCAAAAGAAUUGUUCAACCACAAGCACUCUUCAUUAAGAAAUGUCAUUGAGAGGUCAUUUGGGGCAUUAAAGAACCGCUUCACCAUUUUAAGACAUAUGCCUCCAUUUCCAAUUCGAAAGCAAGUACUUAUUGUAAUUGCAUGUUGUGGUCUCCAUAAUUAUAUUCGUGACCAAGACAGGAUGGACAAAAACUUCUCCUUAUAUGAAGAUCCAGAGUACCCAUUUGGACCUAAAGAUGUGGAGGUUGUAGAUGAUACAUUGCAGGAGCAGACAAUUGGGAUGAACAUGCUUAGGAAAAAUAUUGCAAACAAAAUGGCAAGAGAUUACAAUAUACCUGAAAUUUCAUAACUUUGUGUUUCCAAAUUUUGUAAUAUUGGUUUUAAGCACUAACUUAUCAAAGUCAAUAUGAUGAAGUUGAACAAUGGACUACGUUACUUUAUUAUUAUGAUGUCAUGUAUGAAGGAUCCAUGUAGAGAUCUAUAAGAUACCCUUUUUCUUGCUA